ACAAUCCAUACGCAACUUUCAAGUCCGGAAAAAACGUGAGAUUUUUGUAGAGAUCGAUCGCAUGCCACUGUGUGACUAUAAAUUCAAACAGCCCGAGGUUCAGCACCACAACAACAUGGCAGCUUCAUUCUUGUUCCUCACUAUCCUAAGCUUUCAGCUACUUCUGAUAUCUGCAGAUGAUUUUGCAGCCAGCGGCCAUCGUCUCCAGGUUUGUAGUGAUGCUGUUGUCACUCUGGACGAAUGCUCCAAUUGCUGUACGCUUGAGCCUGGAUGCAUAUAUCUCGAGCCUGGAACUGGCAGUCCAGUUUGUCUUGGUGGCACCUCCCCUGCUCGUGCUUGCCUCCCAAUUUGUCUUCCACCAAAAAUCAAAGUCUGCCCAUCCCGAUGGACUAACCGAAUUCCAAUUUCUGUGCUCCCACCGGGUAAGGAGCCUUCGAAUGGCUGUCAUCUCUACAAUUUAAAGACUGGUGCACCACUGCCAAAUGGUGAUGACAACUCCUGCUUGAAGGAUGCCGUGGAGAUUUGUGGAGGCACUGUCCAUCCUUGGAAGCCAGGCAGCUGCGCUACUUGUUGCACCAUUCCUCAAGGUUGCAUGGACUUGGGGCAUGGCAAAUCAGUAUGCGUCUCAGGACCUGGUAAAGCCUGCACGCUCGAAUGUGGGUUUGCUUCCUAUGUCUGCCCAGGUCCAAAAAGUGUUGCGCUCGACUUCAACUCUUGCCACACUUGCAAGAAGCCACUCAGGGAAGGUUGCAAGCUCUACAACCGUCAGGGGCACCAGCUGUGCGUCAAGGAGGAUGAUCUACUCCAGCUUGCCUAGAAGAUGAUGCUGUAUUUAUAUAAAAUAAACAGCUCUGGGCAUCGUUGUUUAAAUAAUGGGUACUUGAAAUGUAUAUAUAUAUUAUAUAUAUAAAGUUUGACAACGCAACUUGUUGUCUGCAA